AUGGCUGACUGGAAAAAGGCUUUGGGCUUCACGGACCGACUGACGGCUAUCCAGUCCCUUACUACUGCGUAUCAGCGGGCCUCGUCCUCAGCAGCAUUUGUGGAGGCUCAGUCUCAGGCCAAGAGGUUUGAAAGCGAAGCCUAUGCGCAAGCCACGUCCAAGGAAGACUAUGACCGGAUGUGUCAGGAAGCCAUCGAUGCUGCUGAAGCCAAAGAAUCGGUAGCACCUAUUAUAAGUAGCCCGCAUCAACAGGAGGAGGAACCAUGGGAAGGUGGUCAGACGAUCGGCCAUUACAAAUCCUGUUUUCCUCAUUUCGAUGGACUGCAUUCGACCAUCUAUAAAUCUAAACGGGAGGAUGGGACCCUGGUGGCGGUGAAAGUGACCAUGCCUCAUAUGUUGACGGCGCCUCACGACGCUGAGCGCGAAGUCCGACUGUUGCGAGCAGCUGCUAGCCCGCAUGUGAUUACUCUUUUGGAGACAUUCAAUUUCGAAGGAGGACGACUCAUUUUAGUGUUCCCUUUCAUGAAACAUGACUUUGAGCAGCUGCUUCGUCGUGACAUGCUAACGGCAUCGCAAAUCCGGUCUCAUCUACGCGACAUGUUCAGUGCAUUGGCAUACCUCCACGAACUGGGGAUUAUCCAUCGUGAUAUCAAACCAUCCAACAUAUUGCUGGACUCUCCCGAUGGACCGGCACGUCUGGCAGAUUUUGGCAUUGCGUGGAAGGAAGAUGACAAAGGUUCUGAGCCUGAUGAUAAGAAAAUCACCGACGUAGGCACCACAUGCUAUCGAGCCCCGGAAAUUUUGUUUGGUUUCAAGGGGUAUGGAAUUGCUCUCGAUUUGUGGGCGGCAGGCUGUGUUGUUGCAGAGGCUGUGGCUGUAGGCCACAAGCAACUGUUUGACUCGGGGCCUGUGGGAAGCGACUUGUCUCUUAUUCAGUCCAUUUUUGUGACUCUUGGAACUCCAGACGAGGAGGUUUGGCCGGAAACACGGAUAUUGCCGGAUUGGAGUAAGAUUGAAUUUUAUAAAUAUUCCGGCAGUUCAUGGGACGAUAUCCUUAGGGGCGCUUCUUCCAACGGCCGGGAUCUGGUGAGCAAAUUGAUAAGGUAUGAAAGCAGCCAGAGAUAUUCGGCCGCAGAGGCGCUAGCGCAUCCUUAUUUCUCAUCCUCGUCCUCGUAG